CAGCUCCCCGCUCCCCGCUCACAUCACCGUCCUCUCCAUCUCUCUCCGGUCAGAGGAUCUCCAGAGCGACGCUCAUUAAAGGCCUUCAAAGGAGAGUGGGAUUACACUGAAGAAAAAUGACUCUAGCAGCCUACAAAGAGAAGAUGAGAGAGCUCCCCCUAGUGUCUCUCUUCUGUUCCUGCAUCCUACCGCAGCCGCAAGAAAAGAUCACCAAAACAAAAGAAGGUGUGGUGGACCUCAACCUGUGCAUCAUCAGAGACAUGGAGGUGAUCGAGCUGAACAAGCGGGCCUCGGGUCAGGCCUUCGAGGUGAUCCUGAGGCCGCCCUCCUUCGAGGGGAACCACGACUUCCACCCCACCAUCCCCCCACGCAGAGACCCGUCCCUGGAGGAGAUCCAGAAGAAGCUGGAGGCGGCGGAGGGCAGGAGGAAGUGCCAAGAGGCAGAGCGCCUGAAGCAGCUGGCUGAGAAGCGAGAGCACGAGCGGGAGGUGGCGCAGAAAGCCAUCGAGGAGCACAACAACAAGAUCAGGAUGGCCAGGGAGAAGCUUGAGCAGAAGAUGGAGGCCAAGAAGGAAAAGAGAGACGCCCACAUCGCCGCCAUGCUGGGGCGCCUACAGGAGAAGGACAAGCAUGCUGAGGAGGUUCCUUGAGGCCUGGUCAGAACUCUCGCUGAACAUUUGGAAGCCCGUUCACCAGAGGACUGACUUUCUUUAUCUUAAAAAAAAAAAAAGCUCAGCUUGCUAGUUUGGGACAGAAAACAUUACGUUAACAAACACUACGGUUGGGAUGCUGGGACUUUUUGCUCACUAGAGGGACGGGUCAUCUCUGGCGCUUACGCUACAGGUCGAGAGCGAACUGACCAGCUGAAAGAAUUGAUCGUCGCUACCUUAAUGUGGAGGGUCAUAACAACACUUUGCCCAUGUGCCAACUGUGCCCGGGGUGUCUGUUUGUGAGUGUGACCAUGUGUGUGUGUGUGUGUCUGUGUGCGCGCGCGCGUGCGUGUUGGUGUGUUUGCGUUCAUGUCUGUGUGUGAGGCAAAUCUGCUGCUGUCAUCUGCAAGAGGAUUUCACAAGAUGUGCAUUAACUUGUCAAAUGCAGGCCAUUUUGAAAAUGUUCAUUUUUCUAUGAGAACAGCGAGCGUGUUGUUGACACGUUGUUCUCACUGUAAAUACUCUCACAUGGCUGAGAAUCAGCUGGUUUCUGAUGUGGCUGUUUACUGCUGUACAGAAAAGUGUGAUAAAUAUAUUUUAGAUGACAUUAAAGGAGCCUUGUAUUAUUGCA